UGGUAAUUUUGACGUCGUUUCUAAGAUACCACACAACUGUCAGUUUAUCGUUAACCAAGACCUGACUAUGAACGCUUAAAUGGAUUCGCGUUUAUAUAAGAGCUUGGACAGUUGCGAGGCUGAACAUGCCUGGGAGAAGAUCCGAGAUAUUGUCGCCGUCCAAUUGAUGGGUGACAACGCUAUUCCCGUUCCGUUUCUGCGCGAUGCCGCCAAAUUUGACGUAGCGCACGUGGUUCUGAAGGAGAGUCGCAGCCGCAUGGAGAAGCUUACGGGCGCCAUAUCAACCGCUCUUCCGGUCGGCCCAAUCUCGGAAUUCAUUGCCGGUCCGCUACCGGAUGUCAUUGAAAGAAUGGGGAACGCUAAAAAAGACACUGGUAUCAUAUUGAAUCAGGCUUACGAAUUCCACGAGUCGGACAUGAAACACGGAGUGAAAAAGUCGCUGACCGUGCAAAUUUGGGGAUGCGGAAAAUGGGCACUUGAAUAUCUGCCCAAACCUGGGGAUUUUGCUCUUGAUAUGGUGAAAACAGGUUACAAAGAUUUCGACCGUAUCUACCUUAUCACGCAGACUUUCUACGCCAGUGAGGUGAAGAUUCAACUGUCCAUUGCCGGAAAGGAGGACACAUAUUUACUUAAAGGUCAGAUCCCAGUAGGGUUCAACCUGAUGAAGUACAAACUCUAUCCCAAUGGAACCCUAGGGGCCAGCAAGGUUGUGAAGGGGGAAAAGUGGAAGGUGAACUGGAUCAAGCAGAGCACCAUAGCCAGCAGUCUGGCUGCAACUUCAUCUAACUGAUGCUGGAUUUCAAAGCAAUACAUGUUAAUCUUAACAGAUUUUAUUUAAAUAUACAUUUUUACACAACUGUUUUUAUAUACAUUGUAUAAAUAAUUAAAGAUAAUUUAUUUUUAAAAA